AUGAUCAGGCUCAAGAUGCAAGCGCACAACAGCGCAACUAGUGAACGUCUCAAGAACGCAACAUGGUACUUCUUCGAUCUCGACGACACUCUCCACGAAUUUCGCAAGGCAUCUUCCGCCGCCGUGGAUGCGACACUCCGACUCAUUCUACAAAGCCAUGCUCGCCACCAACGUUCUUCCGGUGAGCCGCUCACAAUCGCCGAGCUAAAAGCAGAAUACUUCAAGAUCCUCAAAAUCGGCACAUCUGCCGCCUUUGUGGAUGGUAAAACAAGCCACGAGUAUCGCGCCGAGCGCAUUCAGGGUGUUAUGAACGCUUUUGGUAUCGAUUGUACGGAGCAGCAGAUGCAGGCAUUGCUCGACACGUAUGAAACUGCGAUUACACGGAAUCUGCAACUCAAAGAAGGUGCUAUACCACUCCUUCAAACACUCAAACAACGAGGAAAGAGCAUAGCGAUCAUCACCGAAGGCCCUCAAGAUUCACAAGAACGUACCGUGGCUGCUUUAGGCCUAGAGCCGUAUUUCGACAGGUUGAUUACUACGAAUAAGCUUGGUGUGGCGAAGAUUGACGGUCUUUUUGGCAAGGCGUUGGAUAUGGUUGGUGUGAAGAGCAAGGAGGUGGUUGUGGUGGGUGACAGCUGGGAUAGGGAUAUUGUUCCUGCGGUGAAAGCGGGGAUCAAGUGUGUGUGGUUUGCUGAGAAAGAUGAGGGAGGAGAAGGACUUGUUGCUGUGAAAGGAGGAGAAAGCAGAGUGAUUUUAGUAAAUUCGUUAGGUCGGCUACAAAGUAUGAUUCCAGAGGCUCAGAACUGA